GGGAGAGAGACAGAGAGGGGGUAGCUGGUAGACAUAGAAGCCCGGAGGCUGUGGACUAGUGGACACAUGUUUCUUGUCUUUUAGGUCAGUACCGUGUUGACCCACAGAGGGAGCGACCUUACUGACCACAGAGUCUCCACCCUCAGAACCCCUCCCACGUGGACCCCGUCACAGCCCAUCCAGGCGUUGCCCUGGAGACUAGCUGCUCCCAUGAGUUGCAGGCGGAGGGAGAGUGCUGUAGGAGCUGCACCCCUCCGUCUGCACCCCAUCCUCGGCCCCAUAUGCCCACCAUUGGAGUGACCACCUUGGAAGGCGUGGAGGUCUGCCAGGAUGGGGAGGACUUCUGCCUGACCACAGAAGGGUAAGACUCCUCGCUGAUUGUGUGUGUGGAUUACACAGGUGUGCAGUGAUACUCUAGUUACAGUUGAUUAUUACUGUUAUGGUGAUGUUGACCUGUAUCAGGACCUCAUAGUAGAGUGUAGAAAUUAUACUAAGAAAGCACCAGUGGCAAAGUGUAUAGAAAGUGUGGGUUUGAUGGUUUGGGAUAGCAUAGAGUCAAAUUGGUGUAUGGGUGAGUGUAUCAGUGGUGGAGUUGAACAUGUUUGUUUUUUCUGUGGUCUGUCAGCAGUUUACACAUUGUGAUUUGGCCCUGUUUCCUGCCCCCAAUCCUUCCGCGCUACCAUGAAGUGAGUGACUGUGUUAGUUUGUUACUGACAGGCUGGCAGAGGAAUGUUCAGGAGGCAGGGAGGAGAUUACAUCUAGGCUAAACCAGCUGAAAAUGUUCCGUCACAGAUGACACACAAACAGCUUAUCCAUGCACAUAGCACAGUUACUGUGUCUAUAACAUAACAGAAAAUGAAUUGGGUCAAAAACAUGAUAUUUUUUAAGCUGAAACCAAUUUCACAGAAAACUGGACAUGAAUGUAAAAGGGGUUUGAACAGUUGUUCUGCUGCUUUGAAAGAGUCUCUUACAGCCCAGCUUCAUUAGAACGAAAGGAGUGAGUGAUGGCCACAGUGACCGAAGGCCAUAAUACCAGACUGGCACUGGGAGGAGUGAUGAGAAUGGGGAGACAUCUUCAGUUCCUCUGAAUCCUCGGGCGGCUCUUCUGGAAAACAUAAACAGAUUUAAAGUGGAAAUAACUUGGGCUCAUACAGUGAAUGGGAAACUAUGUUUCUCCCUUUUAGCAUGGAGGCUUGGCUUUGGACGCAGUGAUAUGAUGGCCACGUUCUGCCAAUCUGUCACAUAAUGAAAAACAAAAAGAUGGACAAGGACAUAUUCGAUUUUUAUGUGAUCAAACCCCCCCUGGCAGCCAUAAGCAAUCUAAUCUGAAGCUCAGUGCUAAGUGUGUGUGUGUUGUGUGUGUGUGUGUGUGUGUGUGCGUGUGUGCGUGCGUGCGUGCGUAUGUACGUGCGUGUAUGUGUGUGCGUGCGUGCGUGUGCGUGCGCGUGUGUGUGUGUGUGUGUGUGUGUGUGUGUGUGGGUGGGUUGAGGGGCCAUGUGAACGUGACGAUUAGGCUCACCACAACUGGGAUUCACUCUGCUACCUCACAGACCAACCCCAGCCAAUCAGCUAUAGCACUGACCCCUCUGACCAAUGAAGGGCCUAUUUCAAAGUGAUGAGGGACACGCAAUGCGACAUGCAUUUAUGGGCAUGAGGGACUAGAGCGAAUUAUGCUGAGAAAACCGGAUGUGGUUGUCAUGAGGCACACUAUAAUAUGUACUUGGAGAGGUCAUUGGGGUGAGUAGUUUCCUGAUGUCCAUUUGGAAGCUGCUUGAGCCAGUUGGGGAUGGCGAGAGAGAUAGCGUGUGUGUAGUACUAGCACCAGUGAGGUCUCUCUGGGACAGAUGUGUGUACGGGAGGGGUUGGUCGAUGAAAGGGAUAAAGGGAGAAACAGGAAGAGGGAGGGAGGGAUAGAGGGAGGGAGGGAAAGAGGAAUAGAGGACAAGCAAGCAUCUGUCAACAGCAACUGUGUGACUGACUGGUGUCCAGAGCCUGCUGGUAGAAGUGGAAAAAAACAUGAUGAAGGUUGUGUCUGGUAAACACAGGGAGGGUUCCAUAUAAGGGAGUAUCUAGGGUCUACUCUGGUGCCAGGAUUACCAGUGGAAACUAAGGUUCCAUCAGUACCACCUGAGCCAAGGUUCUGUGCAGCUCAAUAGUAUAUAUUCCUCUCUGAGACGCUUUUUUAUGCAUCAUUGUGUUUGUGUACAGUGUAGUAUGAGUAAGAUGUGUAUUUUUGUUUCUGUCUACUCAGCCAUGUAAAGUGUUACAACAGUGCUGAGUGUGAAUGUGUUUCUGUCUUUGUGUACUGUGUUCCUGUAGUACAUCCCAGUGGCUUUCUACAGUAUAUACUGUGUGUGUGUUAUCAGUUAGCUGAACUAUCUUUUACACACAGAGGGAUGGAGGUGCUUGGUGCCCAGGAGUCAUCGAUGGGCGAGAUGUCACCGCAGAGGAAUAACGAGAACAGGUUACCUUUCCAGGUACGUAUCCACCCAGCCAACCACCCAUCCCCCCACCCACCUCUGCAUCUAUAUUCAAUAUCACAGACAUGUUUCUCGUUCCAAAUACCCUUAAUAAAUGGCAUGCUGUUGAACAAUAGAUCCUGAUGUGGCACAGGAAUCCUCAUCUCUCCCAAGUGGACAUUCUCUCUUUUCCCCCUGACCCAUCUGUCUAUCUCCUCAUUUGAAUUCCAUGCUGUCACAGUCACUAGCCCAUUCAAGCUUAACAUCCUUGUCAUUUAUCGCCCUCCAGGUUCCCUUGGAGAGUUCAUCAACGAGCUUGACGCCUUGAUAAGUUCCUUUCCUGAGGAUGGCUCACCCCUCACAGUUCUGGGUGACUUUAACCUGCCGACGUCUGCCUUCGACUCAUUUCUCUCUGCCUGCUUCUUUACACUCCUUUCCUCUUUUGACCUCACCCUCUCACCGUCCCCCCCUACUCACAAGGCAGGCAAUACGCUUGACCUCAUCUUUACUAGAUGCUGUUCUUUUACUAAUCUCACUGCAACUCCUCUCCAAGUCUCCGACCACUACCUUGUAUCCUUUUCUCUCUCGCUCUCCUCCAACACUACUCACUCUGCCCCUACUCAGAUGGUAAUGCGCCGUCGCAACCUUCGCUCUCUCUCUCCCGCUACUCUCUCCUCUUCCAUCCUAUCAUCUCUUCCCUCUGCUAAAUCCUUCUCCCUCCGGUCUCCUGAUUCUGGCUCCUCGACCCUCCUCUCCUCCCUUUCUGCAUCUUUUGACUCUCUAUGUCCCCUAUCCUCUCGGCCGGCUCGGUCCUCCCCUCCUGCUCCGUGGCUUGACGACUCAUUGCGAGUUCACAGAACAGGGCUCCGGGCAGCCGAGCGGAAAUUGAGGAAAACUCGACUCCCUGCGGACCUGUCAUCUUUUCACUCCCUCCUCUCUACUUGUUCUUCCUCUGUUUCUGCUGCUAAAGCCACUUUCUACCACUCUAAAUGUCAAGCCUCUGCCUCUAACCCUAGGAAGCUCUUUGCCACCUUCUCCUCCCUGCUGAAUCCUCCUCCUCCUCCCCCUCCCUCCUCCCUCUCUGUGGAUGACUUCAUCAACCAUUUUGAAAAGAAGGUUGACGACAUCCAAUCCUCAUUUAUUAAGUCAAAUGACACCGCUGGUCCUGCUCACACUGCCCUACCCUAUGCUUUGACUUCUUUCUCCCCUCUCUCUCCAGAUGAAAUCUUGCGACUUGUGACGGCCGGCCGCCCAACAACCUGCCCGCUUGACCCUAUCCCCUCCUCUCCCUUACCUCACCUCGCUCAUCAACUAAUCCUUGAACACUGGCUAUGUCCCUUCCAUCUUCAAGAGGGCGAGAGUUGCACCCCUCCUCAAAAAACCUACACUCGAUCCCUCCGAUGUCAACAACUACAGACCAGUAUCCCUUCUUUCUUUUCUCUCCAAAACUCUUGAGCGUGCCGUCUCUAGCCAACUCUCCUGCUAUCUUUCUCAAAAUGACCUUCUUGAUCCUAACCAGUCAGGUUUCAAGACUGGUCAUUCAACUGAGACUGCUAUUUUCGGUUUCACGGAGGCUCUCCGCACUGCCAAAGCUAACUCUCUCUCCUCUGCUCUUAUCCUUCUAGACCUAUCUGCUGCCUUUGAUACUGUGAACCAUCAGAUCCUCCUCUCCACCCUUUCCGAGUUCGGCAUCUCCGGCGCUGCUCACUCUUGGAUUGCGUCCUACCUGACAGGUCGCUCCUACCAGGUGGCCUGGCGAGAAUCUGUCUCCGCACCACAUGCUCUCACCACUGGUGUCCUCCAGGGCUCAGUUUUAGGCCCUCUCCAAUUCUCUCUAUACACCAAGUCACUUGGCUCUGUCAUAUCCUCACAUGGUCUCUCCUAUCAUUGCUACGCAGACAACACACAAUUAAUUUUCUCCUUUCCCUGAUAACCAGGUUGCGAAUCGCAUCUCUGCAUGUCUGGCAGACAUAUCAGUGUGGAUUACAUUUACAUUUACAUUUACGUCAUUUAGCAGACGCUCUUAUCCAGAGCGACUUACAGUUAGUGAGUGCAUACAUUAUUAUUAUUUUUUAUUUAGUGCAUACGUGGGAAUUGAACCCACAACCCUGGCGUUGCAAACGCCAUGCUCUACCAACUGAGCUACAUCCCUGCCGGCCAUUCCCUCCCCUACCCUGGACGACGCUGGGCCAAUUGUGCGCCGCCCCAUGGGUCUCCCGGUCGCGGCCGGCUACGACAGAGCCUGGAUUCGAACCAGGAUCUCUAGUGGCACAGCUAGCACUGCGAUGCAGUGCCUUAGACCACUGCACCACUCAAGCUGAACCUCAGCAAGGUGGAGCUGCUCUUCCUCCUGGGGAAGGACUGCCCGCUCCAUGAUCUCGCCAUCACGGUUGACAACUCCAUUGUGUCCUCCUCCCAGAGUGCAAAGAACCUUGGCGUGACCCUGGACAACACCCUGUCGUUCUCUGCUAACAUCAAAGCGGUGAACAGAUCCUGCAGGUUCAUGCUCUACAACAUUCGCAGAAUACGACCCUACCUUACACAGAAAGCGGCACAUGUCCUAAUCCAGGCACUUGUCAUCUCCCGUCUGGAUUACUGCAACUCGCUGUUGGCUGGACUCCCUGCCUGUGCCAUUAAACCCCUGCAACUUAUCCAGAACGCUGCAGCCCGUCUGGUGUUCAACCUUCCCAAGUUCUCUCACGUCACCCCGCUCCUCCACACACUCCACUGGCUUCCAGUUGAAGCUCGCAUCUACUAUAAAACCAUGGUGCUUGCCUACGGAGCUGUGAGGGGAACGGAACCUCCUUACCUUCAGGCUCUGAUCAGACCCUACACCCAAACGAGGGCACUACGUUCAUCCACCUCUGGCCUGCUAGCCCCCCUACCUCUACGGAAGCACAGUUCCCACUCAGCCCAGUCAAAGCUAUUCGCUGCUCUGGCACCCCAAUGAUGGAACAAGUUCCCCCACGACGCCAGGACAGAGGAGUCACUGACCACCUUCCGGAGACACUUGAAACCCUACCUCUUUAAGGAAUACCUGGAAUAGUAUAAUAGUAAUCCUUCUACCCCCCCCUUUACUACCACUGUCUUUUGUCUAAACUAACACCUGACUUAUUUCACCUGCUAGCACUGACUUGUUUAAAGAAAUGUACUUAUUGUGAUCGAGAUGUAGUUGUCCCUGAUUGCACUGACAUUGCUCACAGCUGCUUGUUUGAUGAACUGUACUUACUGUGAUCAAGAUGUGGUUGUCCCACUGGCUAUCCUAAGUUGAAUGCAGCAAUUUGUAAGUCGCUCUGGAUAAGAGCGUCUGCUAAAUGACUUAAAUGUUAAAAUGAUGGGUCUUUUUUUUCUAAGGUUUACAAUACAAGAGUCUAUACCAGUGAAUUAAUGUCACCAUCCAUGUCACCCAACAUUCAAACACCCACCUGUGGACCCUCCUUCUGCCUCCAGAUCUUCCCAGACCCAGUGGAGGUGUCUCUGAGUCCAGAGGGCUCUCCCAAUCACCUGCAGCAGUUUAGUCCCUCUGAGAAGGAGCGGCUUCCCUCCAUCGUGGUGGAGCCCACGGACAUGAGCGAAGUGGAGAGUGGCGAGUUACGGUGGCCCCCGGAAGACAUGGACUUCUGUUCUGAGGAGGAUGAAGAUCUGUUCCUGGAGCAGUGUAUUCCCCCGGCCAACAUCGCAGACUGGGGAGAGGAGGAAGAGACGUCUGUUGUCAUCAACCACCAGCAGAACACAUCCCUCAUUGGUACAUUGUGUGUGUGUGUGUUUCUUUGUCUGUAUUUCUGUAUUUCUCUCUCUCUCUCUCUCUCUCUCUCUCUCUCUCUCUCUCUCUCUCUCUCUCUCUCUCUCUCUCUCUCUCUCUCUCUCUCUCUCUCUCUCUCUCUCUCUCUCUCUCUCUCUCUCUCUCUCUCAAUUUCUAUAAAUGCGUGUUCUCUUUCUCUUUUCAGACUCUCUUACUUUAAUCCAUGCUUCUUUGCUUGCGUAGACGAAAGAUCAAAAGGAAAAUCACUCAUUCUUUGUAACUCUAUGGCAAUGUAUUAUUAUGUCUGUCUUACAGACCUCCAGUCAGAUGUGUUCAGGGAUGAAACACCCAUUCUACCACCUUGCAGCUCACCUGCCCUGAACUGAGUCACCAACCCCACCCCUAAACCCCUGCUAUCUUCCUGAGGAAACCACUCACAGACCAUGGGUCACAGGUCAAUAGGAACAGAAUGGAACUACAGUUCAAAUAUUGUCCAACAACGAAAGGAGAUAAGCUUCUAUGUUAUGUAAAUAAGUUAAGUUAGACAGUAGUAUAAUGUUCUAUGCAAAAUGUCAUAAAUAAAACCAAGGACAGCUCUGAGGGAAAAGUGUUAUCUGAAGGAGUAGUGUGAAGGAGAACAUCUAACAUUAAAUAGCAAGGGUGUUUAUUUUAAGAAAAUCACUAUUACUCAUCUGUGGAGAGAAGGAAAUAACACUUUGCUGAUAUUUGCUGUUUUUUAAUGACGUCAUUACUUCAUGUAUUAUUUUCCCCUAUUUCCAAGGGCCCAAUAGUGGUUUUGAAGUACAUCAGAGUGCAUACUCGAGUUAGUAAUUGUAGAAUGUUUACAUAUAUUUAUUGCAUUGUUUAAAUGAUGGUGUUGCCAAGGGAAAUGUAGCCUGGCACGAGUUGUCAGCCAGGUUAGGGGAUAUGGGCACUCCACCCAUAAGGGUUAGACAUACCAACCUGGCUGUGGGCUUUCCCACAAUAAAUAGAUUCAUCCGUAUUGGCCUAAACCAGGGAUGGGCAACUCCAGUCCUCGGGGGCCUGAUUGGUGUCCAGCCCCAGCUUACACACCUGACUACAAUAAUCAACUAAUCAUUAUCUUCAGUUUAGAAUGAAAUUAGUUUAAAAAGUGUGACACCACUCCAGCCCCCGAGGACUGGAGUUGCCCAUCCCUGGCCUAAACCCUUCAAACUCAACUCUGGA